CUCCUCGCUGGUCCGUGCUGCCAGAGCUCUGCUGAGAGGUGGGGGAGGAAGAGGAGGGAGCCUGGCCGGGCACGAAACCCACCAGCGCUGAGGAGAGAGGCAGGUGCGAGCAGGUACCACCUGGACCAUGAGGUCGGCCCUCUGCUGGCUCCUCCCGCUUGUCCUCUUGGCCUCUGCGGCUCACGGCCAGUCGACAAGACGCCCGAGACCCAAGCCCAAGCCCCCCAAACCCAGACCCAGGCCAACUCCCGCUUUCCCUCGGCCCCAUGAGCCCCCAGAGCCGACAGAGCUGCCCCCGCCCCUCCCACCGGGGCCCCCCUCGCUCUUCCCCGACUGCCCGCGGGAGUGCUACUGCCCCUAUGACUUCCCGUCCGCCCUGUACUGCGACAGCCGCCACCUGCGGAAGGUGCCCGUCAUCCCGGCCCGCAUCCAUUACCUCUACCUGCAGAACAACUUCAUCUCCGAGCUGCCCCUGGAGUCCUUCCGGAACGCGUCCGAGCUGAGGUGGAUCAACCUGGACAACAACCGCAUCCGCAAGCUGGACCAGCAGGUGCUGGAGCGGCUGCCCCGCCUGGCCUUCCUCUACAUGGAGAAGAACCAGCUGGAGGAGGUGCCCUCGGCGCUGCCCCGCAACCUGGAGCAGUUGCGGCUGAGCCAGAACCGCAUCUCCAAGAUCCCGCCCGGCGUCUUCAGCAAGCUGGAGAAGCUGCUGCUCUUGGACCUCCAGAACAACCAGCUCGGCGACCACACGCUCCGGCCCGACACCUUCCAGGGCCUCAAGAGCCUCAUGCAGCUCAACCUGGCCAACAACACCCUGAAGAAGAUGCCGCCCAAGGUGCCCCAGGCCCUCCACCAGCUGUACCUGGACAGCAACCGGAUCGACUCCAUCCCCAACGGCUACUUCAAGGGCUUCCCCAACCUGGCCUUCAUCCGCCUCAACUACAACAAGCUCUCGGACAAGGGGCUGCCCAAGAACUCCUUCAACCUCUCCAACCUGCUGGUGCUCCAGCUGGCCCACAACCGCAUCAGCAGUGUGCCCGCCAUCAACAACAAGCUGGAGCACCUGUACCUCAACCACAACACCAUCGAGAAGAUCAACGGGACUCAGAUCUGCCCCAGCAACCUGUUCGCCAUCCACGACUUCUCGGACCUGGAGAAGGUGCCCCAUCUCCGCUACCUGCGGCUGGACGGGAACCACCUGAAGCCGCCCAUCCCACUGGACCUCAUGAUGUGCUUCCGCCUGCUGCAGUCCGUGGUCAUCUAGGCCCCCUGCUGCCCCCGUCCC